ACAAGAACAUUUAAAACUGUAAAAAAUCCCGACAGAAUUUGGUGAACCAAAAGAAUCUUCAAGACGCUCCUAAAGCUGCGCCAGACGUCUACUGCGCAGGCUCCGCUGCAUCCAGGAAGUUUUGAAUCCUGUCGCUGACACGCUUUCAGGUUGUUUUUAAUCCUGAAAGAAACAUUUUUUAAAUCAAGUUUACCUUCACAUCAGUGCUCCGGGGUGAAGUUGCCUUUCAGUCCCGCCCGCUGAACUCAUGUCCGGCUUCGACCUGGUCCGGGUGGACGGCGGGGAUCCGGUCCACCUGCCGCCCGGGGAGACGGUGCUGGGCCGGGGACCCGUCCUGGGAAUCAGUGAUAAGAGAGUGUCCAGGCAUCACGGGCUGCUGGAGAACCUGAACGGACAGCUGCGUCUCAAACCGACCCACCUGAACCCAUGCUUCGUCCAGUCGUCUCUGACCGCCGAGCCUCGCCCGCUGCAGAGAGACGCCUGGUUCCCUCUGCAGGACGGAGACCUGUUCUCUCUGCUGCCGGGGACCUUCGUGUUCAGGGUGGAGGCCGUGGGCGGAGAGGAGCGCACGCCCAGAAACAGUCAGAUGUUUGAAGAAGAAGAAGAGCUUAAUGUUUCUGCAGAGCCGGAAGAGAAACCCUACAGCCAGCAGGAGGCAGAGGACUCCAGGUUACAAAAGGGAGACUCAACACAACCAGAAGAAGAAGAAGAAGAAGAAAAGGAGGAGCAGGACGCCCGCAGAGACGUCACCCCGCCUUCGGCCAAGAAAAGAGUUUUACCUGCGUGGAUGAUGACAGCUGCAGCUGCACAAAGUCCCUCCUCCUCCUCCGCCGCUGGCCCCAAAGUUAAAGCAGCUGUGAAGAGAAAUAAUGGAGCUUCAACCAGCAGGAAGGGAGCGGCAGCCAAACAGGCCACGCCCACCAACACCUCCACACCUGAGAAGGCAAAGCUAAGUGAGGAGGAGAGGCCGAAGAAGAGGAGGAAGAAGAUGAGUGAACAAGAAGAAGAAGAAGAAGAAGCAGCUCAGUCUAAAACAGAUGUUCCCUCAGCUCUGCUGCAGGCUGCUUCUAAGCGCUCUGAGGUGAGUGACGAGUCGGACAGCCUGGAGGUAGACGAGGAGUGGCGAGGAGGAGAGACGUCCACUGCUGACUUAAACGCCACGACACAGACAAACAGAGUCAUAAAAACUCCAAACGAGGACCAGAAGCAGAAUAACGGACAGCAGCAGACUAAAGCAUCUGAGUCUGUGAGCGGCUCGGCAUCCAAACACCGAGUCAGAGCGACAUGUCCGUACGGGAAGGACUGCUACAGGAAAAACCCGGCACACUUCCAGGAGUGCAGUCACCCCGGAGACACCGACUACGAGGAGGAGGAAGAGGAGGAGGAGGAGCGACCCGAGUGUCCCUACGGCACGGACUGCUACAGGAAGAAUCCACUUCACAGGAAAGAGUUCAGACACACCAAGAGGCCAGCUCGCUCCACACGCACCGUCCCCAAAAAGACCGACGAUGACGGCGAGGACGAGGACUCCGGGGACGAGGACAGCUUCAUUAACGACGACAGCGAGGACGCGGGCGAUGACUCGGACUACACCCCGCCCGCCUCAGACGACAGCGGGAAGGAGGACGUGUCCGGGCUGCAGAGGGAAGCCAAGGCCUUCAUGAGGAGGAGGAAGUAGAGACGAUUCUCUGUGCUGCUGUUUGUUUCAGACGCAGCAGAUUAACAAGCUUCAAUCAGCUGCAGCAGCAAAACACACUCAGGAUGUUCAGUGUUCCAGGGCUGCAGUGAAGCGUCUUCACGGCUCUAAACUGAGCACAGGAAACUGUCAGUGAAGUCAAUAUUUCUUCCUCAAAACCUCAAAUUUCAACUGCUUUAAUUCUCUGCUCACAGCUUACUAAGAAUCCAUAUGAAUCAGCUUGGACAUCGUGUGAUCUGAGCUGACAGUAAGUCAUGUUUACUUCCAUAAAACAAAACUACAUUUAAAACCAAAUCCCCAAACAGGCACAUGAAUCAUACAAUUAAGAAGAUCUCUUCAAAUAAGCAAAGUGAGGCUCAGUUCCUGUAAAUUUGCUCACUUUAGGUCUCUGAUAAUAACUUUUGCUCUUUAUUUGUUUGACUGUUUUUUUUCUUACGUUGUUUAAAUACAUCUGAUGGGAACAAAGUCUUCUGUUUCUGAUUUCACUCAUCAAACGUUGAACCAGCUGCACACCAAACUCUGAGCACUUUUCUUAGUAUUUUUAGAAGAAAAGGAAAGAUUUCACAUUUAUGUUUCAAUUUAUCAGCUGUUGAAUUACAUUUUGCAUAAGUUUCUCCCCACAUUAUGACCUCAAAUUUAUCGAGAAAAAGUCUACGAGAAAAAAAGUUUACAAAUUUUUUAAAAAGUUAUAAAUUUACGAGAAAAAAAUCUCAUAUUUACAAGAAAGCAAAUUAUAAAUUUGUAACUUUUUUCCGUAAAUUUGUAAGAUUGUGUGCUUUUUCUUGAUUUUUUUUUAGUGAGGGAGAAAUGACAAAUGAUAGUAAGUUUUUUAUGCAGGACUUUUCCUGUAGUGGAGUAAUUUCACAGUGUGGUAUUAGUACUUUUACUGCAGUAAAGUAAUCUGAAUACUUCUUCCACCACUGGUACCCCCCCCCGC